GGCAGCGGGUGCUUUUACGUGAUGCUUUUAGGUCGAUGUGGCAAAAACAAAGGACGUAACCGGGAGGAAAAGAGCAGAAACUCCUGAAGUGCUUUAUUUUUGGACCUAUAUCUCUUUUAUUUCCACUUAAUAUCCUUCUUAUUCAUCAAAAUCCCAUCUUUUUCUCUUAACCUGUUCUUUUUUGGCUGUUUUUUUUUAUUUUUUAAAUCACACAAGUCCAUCUUCUCCUUCUAUCUGUCUGCAUCCAACUAUUUCCCCCCCACCUGCCACAUCCACACUCCCUCCGACACUUCCUCCAGCUCGGUGGCCGUUGGUUCUGUCUGGGUCUCUCCAUGGCUGAAUAAGUGUUGCUGAGGGAGGGCGUGCUCCGGUGCUCCGGUGGUUUCCUCUGAGGGGUUGCGAGGUUUGCAGACGGGAACAGGACAAACAGGUGGAGGAGGUGGUGGAGCAGGAUGGCGGUGGCUCUGGAAGAAGUGUGGGGCAGGGUGAAGAAUGUCUGCAAGCAGAACGGACUGCUCAUCCUGUCCGUGCUGGCCGUGGUCAUCGGCUGCCUGCUGGGCUUCUUCCUCAGGGGCAAGCAGCUCUCCUCGCAGGAGGUGAAGUACUUCCAGUUUCCCGGGGAGCUGCUGAUGAGGAUGCUGAAGAUGCUGAUUCUGCCUCUGGUCGUGUCCAGUCUGAUGUCUGGUCUGGCGGCUCUGGAUGCCAAAUGCUCCAGCCGCUUGGGCAUCAUGACUAUCUCUUACUACCUGUGGACCACGUUUGUUGCCGUGGUGGUGGGCAUCGUCAUGGUGUACAUCAUCCACCCCGGCGGCGCCGCCCAGAAGGAGGACUCUGAAGAAAGCAAGAAGCCAAUGACCAGCUCUGCCGACGCGCUGCUGGAUCUCAUUCGCAACAUGUUUCCAGCCAACCUGGUUCAAGCCACCUUUCAACAGUACCGAACGCAGAGAGUUUCAGAACUCAUCGUCAAGCCGUCAGUGUCGCAGGUGAUGGACGAAACCACCACACGCAGGGUCUACAUCUACGGCAUCCAGGACGACAACGGCACGGACGUCCAGAACUUCUCCCUGGACCUGACGCCGCCGCCGGACGUCAUCGUGAAAACAUCGCCUGGUACCAGCGAAGGCAUGAACGUGCUCGGGAUUGUUAUCUUCUCCGCCACCAUGGGAAUCAUGCUGGGAAGAAUGGGACCCAACGGAAGCGCGUUGGUCAACUUCUGCCAGAGUGUGAACGAGGCCGUUUUGAAGAUUGUUGCCAUUGUUAUUUGGUAUUUUCCUUUCGGCAUCGUGUUUCUGGUCGCUGGGAAGAUCCUAGAGAUGGACGACCCCUCGGCCAUGGGGAAGAAGCUGGGCUUUUACGCCAUCACUGUGGUCAUGGGACUGGUGCUGCAUGGCCUCUUCAUCCUCCCGGCCAUGUACUUCUUCAUCACAAAGAAGAGUCCCAUCGUCUACAUCAGAGGCAUUCUGCAGGCCCUGCUCAUCUCCUUGGCAACCUCAUCCAGCUCUGCCACGCUGCCUAUCACUUUUAAGUGCCUCCUGGAGAACAACCACAUCGACAGGCGCAUCAUCCGCUUCGUGCUGCCGGUCGGCGCCACCAUCAACAUGGACGGCACGGCUCUGUACGAGGCGGUCGCGGCCAUCUUCAUCGCUCAAGUCAACAAUUACGAGCUCGAUUUUGGGCAAAUCAUCACCAUUAGCAUUACCGCCACGGCCGCCAGCAUCGGCGCCGCUGGAAUCCCUCAGGCUGGACUGGUUACCAUGGUGAUCGUGCUGACUUCCGUGGGCCUGCCCACUGAUGACAUCACUCUCAUCAUUGCUGUUGACUGGGCUCUGGAUCGAUUCAGGACCAUGGUCAAUGUGAUGGGGGACGCGCUGGCCACGGGCAUCAUGGCUCACAUCUGCAGGAAAGAUUUUGUCAAAGAAGGAGAACAGGUGCCCCUGAUAUGUGAAACUAAACCCAUGAUCAGCAUCCAGCAGAUGAUGACGUACCAGAACCAGAAGAACGGGGGCUACCAGCCUCCGCCGGGCGGCAAGCAGGACCACCUGUCCCCGGACGUGGCUCGCCUGAUCCAGCUGGAGGAGGGGAUCCGACCGGUGGAGAAGAAGAAGCACGCUCACGCCUCUCAUCACAAGAGAGAGCACAGGGACAAGGACCACUGCGCUGUGGACAUGAACGGGCUGGAGACUAAUGUUUAAAAGCAGCCGCUCUGCCAAAGCUCCUGAUACACCUGCAGCUGCUGAACAGCAGCAGAAAAACCACCAACAACAACCACCGUCAGUCCAGGUGACUGCUGUAGUUCACGCGCUUCUCCCCUCCGAGAACGGGAGAGGCACCAAAGUGGGAGCGUACAGAAAGAAGAAAAAAAAAAAGACAUUUUUUUACUACAUAACCUAUAUAAUGACCCACUUUUGAUUGUUUUUUUUUCUUUUGUAUAUAAUUACAACACCAAACCAAGAAAAAGUUGUGACAGUAUGAAAAAUCAUCAGUAAUUCUUAAUUUACAGUAAUUCUCUGUCUUGUAUUUCUUUGCAGGCAGUGAGAAAACUAGAAAAGUAAUGAUUUGCAUCAUCAGUAUAAUCUGAUUUGUCGUUAUAUAUGGAGCCAAAUCAAGGCCAAAAGUUUUGCUAAUUUGAAAAUAAAAUUUGAACCUGAAAAAUUAUUUUUUAUAGUCUCUUUUUUUCGGUAUC